CAUAUGACACAAUAAAGUCAUAUUUUAUUGCAGAUGACGAAACAAGCGAUAUCUUACUUCACCGUUAUAUAUUCUACGCAGCAAUGAUAUGGAUAUAAUCAGUCGUAAAAGAUACGUUUUCUUUUAUUUUGAAAUAAUUAAAUCGUGCGUGAUUCAAGCAAGAUUUGCAUAAAUUACAUAAUGUAUAUUAAUGUUAUUAUUAUCCGAUUAUUGCCGUAUCUAAAUAAUCAAUCUGCAUAUCCACAAAUAUUUAGUUUCCGGUAAGAAAGAUAUCUUUAAUUUUUGUACUGAAGCAGAUUUUUGUACAACAGCAUGCGAUACAACACAUAUACACACAUAUUUAAGAAUUGUCAGCAAUAAAACAUGUGAUUGCUCAAAUAAUAUUCAACUAUCCAAAUUGUCUAAAAAACACCAUCAAUCAAUUUAACAUUUGUAAAGAUAAUGCUGAAAUUCCUAUAUCACCAAAAUAUAUUAUGAUGAGAUUACGAAAUAACAUCGUAAUAUAAAGUAUUAUGAAAUAAAAUCAGUUACAUAACUGAUAAAUGCGUACAACAUGAUGAAAAAUACGCGUUACAAAUGCGGAAGUAUUAAAUGACGAUUCAUGUAUUUUGUACUUUACCAACAAUGUUGUAACUGAUACUUAAAACCGAUGUGUUUCUCUCUCAUAGAACAAGUGUAUCGUAUGACUGCGCGCACUGAAAUGAAGUACUAUACAAUAUGCGUUACUGAAAGAGAGCGACUACGCUUGCGCUGACUUCGAUUAAGGACGUAUGUUUCUUGUGUGUCAUACGUGUGCUUUCCGUGGAAACUCAACAUCCGUUAAAUUUCUUUUAGUAUCAAAUCGAUAGCUUAUCCACCGUUCUUUCAUCUGACAGAAAUUUCAAUUUGCAAAUGUCUUCAUAAAUAUUUUAUACCAUUUUCUAUUACAUUAAGUCGAGCAAUGAUACAAUUUUAAGAGCACGAUAAAAUUGUAAAAAAAAUAUUAUGAAACUCUUUUGCUAGAUAAAAAACGGAGAUGCAUGUAGUUUUAUUAAAUAUCGCAGUCAAACGUGUUCUGAUACUCGGAAGGAAAUGAUUUAUAUCCAAACACAUUUUAAUCUGAAUCGAAUUCUCAUGCUCGCGGUUGGCCUAUGGCCUUAUCAACGAUCGAAAUUUAUAGAAUUUCAAAUGAUUUUGUUUUUCGGUAUUUUAACGAGCUUUGUUAUAUUCCAGCUGACAACACUUCUAACAACUGAAUGCACUCCUGACUUUAUUAUUAAAGUUCUUUCUUCCUCAUUAUACUUUAGUACAUUGGUGAUUAUAUAUAGCGCGUUUUGGAUUAACAUCCAAUCUGUGAAGCGUUUAUUAGAGCGACUUCAAAAUAUUUAUACCGAUAUAACAGACGACGGCGAAAUCGCUAUUAUACAAAGAUACGGGAACAACGCAAAACGUUUUACAUUUAUCAUUAUAUUGUUUGCUAUAUGCGGUGUAUUUACUAUUUCUUUCUUAUCCAUUUGGCCGUGCAUUCUUGGCGUUAUUCUGCCCUUAAAAGCGUCUCGAUCACGUAGUGCGAUGCAAGUGGUGACAGAAUACUUCAUUGAUCAGGAAAAGUACUUCUAUUUAAUAUUGUUACAUAUGAAUGUAACUAUUUACAUAGGAGCGACCGCAGUGAUAGCAACAGGAACUAUGCUGAUGGGAUAUCUCAAACAUAUCUGCGGAAUGUUCAGCAUUGCAAGAUAUCGCAUCGAGCAAGCAAUGAAAUUCGAUACUCUGCAAAAUACUGGUCUAGAAGACGAAAAUGUAAUUUAUAAGAAAUUAAUUUACGCCGUAGAUAUUCAUCGCAAAGCUAUAGAGUUCUCAGAAUUUUUAAUAUCGAGUUUUGAAGGAUCACUUUUCCUUCUCAUAGGUGUUGGUGUGAGUUGUGUGACCCUCAGUCUUUACGGAGUUAUAUCUCACAAAAGUGAUGUCGCGGAACUUUUAUUUCACUUUACAGGCACAACUUGUACUCUAGUAUGUAUAUUUGUAGUCAAUUAUGCCGCACAAAAUGUCACGGAUCAUAACAAUGACGUAUUCACGACAGUAUAUAACGUCAAAUGGUACAUGGCACCGUUAAAUAUACAAAAGAUGAUGCUGUUCUUGCUACAAAGGGGCACUAAAGUUUUUAAUCUGAAUAUUGGUGGAGUGUUUGUAGCAUCGUUAGAAAGCGCUGCAACGCUAACAAGUCUCUCGAUAUCUUAUUUUACCGUCCUUUAUUCAACGCGGAAGUGAUGGCAAAAAGUAUCUUCUAGAUAACAGUUUAGUUGAGCUUAGAAAAUAAUAAAAAUAUGCAAAA